CAGCAGAUUGGCUCAUGAAAACUUAUGUAUUGAGACAAAGAAAAGGAUCUAGCAGAAAGCAACAUCUCUUAUCCUGGGCGUGGCAGCAGGGAAGAGGACACAGAGUGGAAACCCUGCGAUCUGAAAAGGAGACUGAAAGGUGACAAAGAAGCUGAAGAUGGGUGGUGGAGAGAGGUAUAACAUUCCAGCCCCCCAAUCUAGAAAUGUUAGUAAGAACCAACAACAGCACAAUAGACAGAAGACCAAGGAUCAGAAUUCCCAGAUGAAGAUGGUUCCUAAGAAAAAAGAAAGAGGACACGGGUACAAUCCGGCGGCAGCUGCGCGGCAGGCCAUGCAGAAUGGGGGCAAGAACAAGAGCCUCGCCAACAACCCAAGUUGGAAUGCUAGCCUAUCAAGCCCAAGCUUGCUUUUUAAGCCUCAAGCUAACCAGAACUAUGCCGGAGCCAAAUUUAGUGAACCACCAUCACCAAGUGUUCUUCCCAAGCCACCAAGCCACUGGGUUCCUGUUUCAUUGAACCCUUCAGAUAAGGAAACAAUGACAUUUCAACUUAAAACCCUACUUAAAGUACAGGUUUAAAAAUCUUAAGUACUUUUAAAUUUUGUGAUGUUCACAUAGCCAUCAGUUGGUUUGACUUUAGGGAAGUUUUAUAUAAAACUGCUAAUUUACAAGUAUACUCAAACAUUUAUGUAGUGUGUGUAGUGUCAGGAUAAUUUAACUAAUUCUACUUGGUAGUCUUGCUAACUAAAUUGAAGCUUAGAUUUGGGGAUCAGUAACCAGCUUUAUUGUCUAACAAGAAACCAAACAAAAGACAGUGUUUAGUUAAGAUAUACAAAGACUGCAAACAAGGUACACAGUUGAGUUACAUAUUCUAGGGACCCAAACCGUAACAUUAUAGGCAUCUUUGUAAGUAGCUACAUAUAUUUGUGGCAAAUGUGUAAAGGCACUUGUAGCUUAUUAGAAUUAGGUAGAUAGCCCCGUGGUCAUUUCUUAAAUGCAGUCAGUGGAUAGGCAUUUAUGUACCAAAUCUCUUUCAAAAUAUUGACUAGCUUUCAAAGGACACGUUGAUAGCAUCCUUACAAACCUGCUGAGGUGAUCUGGCCUAACUCCUACAAAGCUUGCUUUGCAGGGAGUUGUGUAUGUGAAAAUUAAAAUACCUAGGGAAGAAAAGAGCCAUGUAAAUACAUGUAAUCUUGUAACAUAUGUAAAGUUUUCUGGCCUUUAUUCUACAAAAGACUUUUUAGUGUCAAUUUGCUGAAUGUAAGACCAUGAACUUUUUUUUUUAAUACUAUGGCCUAAUUUUAAAGGUCUCCAGUUUUUUUUUUAAUUGCCCUUGUGCUUAAGUGCCAGUAUAUCAAUUGUGUUAAAUUUUAUAUCAAAAGGCUUUAAGCUGCUAAGAACAUUUCCUGUUUUUAAGGAGAUUUUAAGAUUCUCUACAUCUUUUUAAAUCCAAAGAUUCAUUUUGACUUUAUCAAAUCCUAGAAUGAUUAAGUGACCCAGGAUUCUUUAUGCAAAGUACAAAUAGCAAGUUGCUUUUCAGGGCUUAUAAGCAAAAUCGCCAAUUAAGUUCAAAACAAAUACUGCCGAAAUCAAACAUUGAGUAUACAAAAGGACAAGUCCAUAAAAUAAUUAUGAUCUGGUUUUGAAUCGCAAAAUUCAGAAAUAAAACUUCUUUCCUCCCCAGUA